UCUAUACCUGUUUCGCUGUGCGUGCACUGUCCAUACAGUGUUCUGCAGCUUGCGAACUAACCCGCUCGUCAUGAUAACCGAAAUAUUGAUAUUCAUUAUAACAACCCUAAUCGGAUACUAUUUAUAUGUUUAUAAGAAGAUUCACAACUAUUUUAAGGAGAGAGAUGUGAAGUUCUUGCCCGGUGUCCCCUUUUUUGGGAAUGCGUUCAAUAGUAUAGUGUUGAGGAAGCAUUUUAUUGAUGACCUGUAUGCGGUAUAUAAAGCUUUUCCUGGAGAAAGGUAUGUGGGCUACAUCGAGGGUAUUACUCCCGUAAUCCUGAUGCGUGAUCCAGAGCUGAUGAAGACGAUCACCAUCAAAGACUUCGACCACUUCCCCGAUCACAAGGAAUUCUUCAGCGAGGAGAUGGAACCCUUGUUCGGAGAAAGUUUGAUUAUGAUGAAAGGUAACAAGUGGCGAGAAAUGAGAACCACGCUGAGUCCAGCCUUCACCGGCUCCAAACUGAGGCAGAUGAUGCCGUUCAUGCAAGUAAUCAGUAAGAACAUCGUGGACUAUCUCAAAGAUCAAAAUGGCAAAGAUGUAGACGUUGAUGACGUCAUGCACCGCUUCACCACUGACAUCGCCGCUUCUACCGCCUUUGGGUUGGAAGUGAACUCAUUGAAGGACAGAGACAACGAAUUCUUGACUAUGGGGCAAGGUCUUUUCAAGUUCAGCACCCUGCAAAGGGUAUACCAGUUCUUCUGCAGUCAAUUCCCUGGUCUGACUAAGAAACUAAGAUUUACCAUGUCGCAUACGAAAGUAACGAAAUUCUACAUGAAUUUAGUAUCCAGUACUAUGGAGUUCAGAAGAAAGAACAAUGUGACGCGCCCUGACAUGAUCCAGCUAUUGAUGGAAGCUUCCAAAGAAUGGACGCUGGUCCAGCUGGCAAGUCAAGCGCUAACCUUCUUCGUGGGCAGCUUCGAGACCUCUGCAUCAACCAUGACCAUGUGUCUCCACGAGCUGGCCAUCCAUCCUGAUAUCCAAGAGAAACUGUACCAGGAGGUCAAAGAGUUCAUGGAAAACCACAAAUUAAGCUUCGAGAACGUUAAGGAGCUGAAGUAUAUGGACUGUGUUUUGAAUGAAACGUUCAGAAAAUGGUCAGUCGCCAUAGUAAUGGACAGAGUGUGCAAUAAAACGUAUGAUCUGCCCCCAGCACAUGAUGGGGGUAAACCCUACAGGCUGAACCCUGGUGACAUAGUCUACAACGUAGUCAACGCCAUCCAAAUGGACCCCGAGUAUUUCCCUGACCCUGAGGUGUUUAACCCCGACAGAUUCUCUGAGGAUAACAAACACAAUAUAAGGCCUUUUACCUUUAAUCCCUUUGGAUUAGGGCCUAGAGCUUGUCUUGGCAUGAGAUUCGCGCUUCUGGAGUUGAAAAUUUUGCUAUUGGAGUUAAUUUCAAAUUUCAAGAUUUUGAAAUGUGAGAAAACUGCGGAACCCAUAAAGCUUCAGGCAGUAGACUUCAACAUCAAGGCGCAGGGUGGGACAUGGAUAAAGUUUGAACCAAGAAAUUAAAUAAUAUCAGUGAACUCGUUUUAACAGCUUCGAUGAAACAAAUUUCUUUCUGUCAAAUUCUAUAUUUGAGGAACUAGAAUUAUUUAGUUCUUAACAAAUAAAGUAGUAUAUUAUUAUACUUACUAACAAUUACUUACCUAUAAUGGAUUGAUGUUUAAUUUGUACGUGAUAUAAAUAAUUAUUUUUCAUAAGCAACAAACAUAAUUGAAUACAUAUUAAAUCAUUAUGUUAA